AUGGAGCACGGGCCGCACCCCCUCUUCGGCCGCUGCGUCUACGCCACCAGGGCCUGCAGCGCCGGCGACGUGCUGCUGCGCGAGCCGGCGCUGCUGCAGGCCGCGUCCCCGGCGACGUGCCCCCUGCUCAGCCAGGUGCUCUCCCUCCUGCGCGCCGGCACCGCCGCCCCCACCUCUGGCUUGAACGAGGCCGCCAGCGGCGCCAGCUGCGCCAGUGGCGGCAAGCUGCCCGCCGGCGCUACGGACAGCGACCUGCAGCUGUCAGCGGCGCAGUUUGUGGCGUUCUGCCUGGCGCCGCCCUCCGUCCAAAGCGAGGUGCUCAGCAUGCAGAACACGCCCGAUGACCGCGACAACGCCACCGUCAGGAAAUGCGCCGCCAUCGCCGGCCUCAUCGCCGCGCUCGUCCUGCCCACACUCACCAGCCUGCUCGCGACAGCCGCCGCCGCGGCCGCAGCAGCCGCCGCCGCCGCCGGCUCGGUCGCAACGGGGGACCGCGAGGAGCCCCACGGCGGCCCAGGUGCGGUUGUGUCGCGCGUCCCGACCGACAAAGAGGGCGUGGAGCGCGUGCUGUUGUCAUGGAAGCUGAACCUGCACGACAUGCGCGGCAGCCACAAGCUCUACCGCAUGUCCAGCCGCCUGCCCCACACCUGCGGCCGCCCCAACGCCAUGGUCAUGCCGCAUGGGGACGCCGGGGAUGCCGCGGUGGUGGCGCUCACAGGCAUUGCUGCGGGGGAGCUACUGACGACGAGCUACUUCCAGCACAGCUCAAUGUCGACCUGCGCCAGGCAGCUCCACGCAAAGUCCCGGUUCGCGUUCGCGUGCCGCUGCGCCCGCUGCACCAGCGACGCGCUGGACUCCACGCGGGGCCUGCCGUGCCCGCGCUGCGCGCCGCCGGACCAGCAGCGGGACGCCGAGGGACAGCUCCCGCCCGCGUUGGCCCUAGGGGACCGCCGCCCCGCUGGCGUCCUCUACUAUCACCCAGGGCUCGCUCAUGCACAGGCUGGCGGUUGUGGCGCUGAGGUGGCGGUGGCGGCGCGUGGGGGUGCCGCAGGGGAUUGUGUCAGCGGUGACAACGGUGACCAGCAGCAGAAGGCUCAGCAGCAGCAGCAAAUGCAGCAAAAGCAGCAGCAGCGGCAGCAGCAGCAGCAGCAGGCGACGCCGUGGCGCUGCACAAACGCGGAGUGCGGCGCGGCGCUGCCCGACGACGACGCCGCCCUGUUCGGCGGCGCCAUGGCCGAGGCCGCGGGCGUGAGAGCGGCCGCGGCAAUGGCUGCCGGCGACGUAGACAGCGACGGGGGCGGCCAAAGGGUGGAGGACGGGUACUACCGACUGCUCAGCAGCUACUGGCAGGGGGGGCAGCCGGGGCUGGCGGAGGCGCAGGGGCGGCUGUUCGAGGUGGGGCGAGCCCUGGGGCCGGACCACUGGGCGACGCACGAGAUGGCCAUAAUCAGUGCAGGCGCCGUGCAGAGGGCGUCGCAAGGGGAGCCGCCGGCGCGGCAGCUCAUGCGGCUGGGGCAGGUGGAGGGCAGCGUGAGGCGCGCGGCGGAGUGGCUGUCCGACAGGACGACGCUGGACGCGGCCGCGGUGCUGUGGCAGCCCCUGGCCGGCCUGGCCUCGGUGUACCUGGCGACCUGCUGCGACCUCAUGACAGGCGAGUACCGCGCGGCCGCCGCCCCAUUCAGCUUGCGCCUGCUGGAGGCCGCUGAGCGGCUGCUCAGCGUGGCCGAGCCGGCGCUGGCGGGGUUCAGGGCGGGAGAGUGGCCGCGGCUGCUGCCAGAGGUGAUUGGGAGCGGGCCGGUUGCCUCGUGGCACUUCUGA